GCUCGCUCCCCACAGCAGCCGCUCCCCGCAGUCGACCCUCUGCAGCCCUGCCCUGCCCUGCUGGAAACCCAGAAGUCACCUCUCCGGACUAGGCUGAUGGGCAGGGGGGCCUCGGGUACUGGCUGCGGGCAGUGAGGGAGGAGAGCCGGACCCCUGCCGCGCAGCCAUGCAGCCUGGGACAGGACACCUCUGACCGCACAGGCGCCCUCGCCCCUGCCCACCGUCCCCCCGGGGGCUGCCACCUGGUGCCCCGUCCGUUGCCUGGGGUGAGGCGUCCUGUGGGCGCAGCCCCGAUGGCCGGGUGCAGGUGGGGCGCGCUCUGGGUGUGGAUGGCGGCGGCGGUGCUUCUGCGGGCAGCCGGGCUGGCCCGUGGCGACUGCUGGCUCAUCGAGGGGGACAAGGGCUUUGUGUGGCUCGCCAUCUGCAGCCAGAACCAGCCGCCCUACGAGGCCAUCCCGCAGCAGAUCAACAGCUCCAUCGUGGACCUGCGGCUGAACGAGAACCGCAUCCGCAGCGUGCAGUUCGCCUCCCUCAGCCGCUUCGGCAACCUCACGUACCUCAACCUCACCAAGAACGAGAUCGGCUACAUCGAGGACGGCGCCUUCUCGGGCCAGUUCAACCUGCAGGUGCUGCAGCUGGGCUACAACCGGCUGCGCAACCUCACGGAGGGCGUGCUGCGGGGCCUGAGCAAGCUGGAGUACCUGUACCUGCAGGCGAACCUCAUCGAGGUGGUCACGGCCAGCGCCUUCUGGGAGUGCCCCAGCCUGGUCAACAUCGACCUGUCCGUGAACCGCAUCCAGCAGCUGCACAGUGCCACCUUCGCCGGGCUCGCCAGGCUCUCCGUGUGCGAGCUGUACAGCAACCCCUUCUACUGCUCCUGCGAGCUCCUGGGCUUCCUGCGGUGGCUGGCGGCCUUCACCAACGCCACGCAGACCUACGACCGCAUGCAGUGCGAGUCACCGCCGCUCUACUCGGGCUACUUCCUGCUGGGCCAGGGCCGGCCCGGCCACCACAGCCACCGCAGCAUCCUGAGCAAGCUGCAGUCUGUCUGCACCAACGGCGCGGACACAGCUGGCCCCCACCCCGGGCCUGGGCCCGGCCGCUCGCCGCCCCCGCCCCCACCACUGCCGCCCGAGCCCAGCGACGCGCCCUGUGGCGACGAGGACUGCUUCUCCGGAGACGGCACCACGCCGCAGGUGGCCCUGCCCACACCGGCCACCCCAGCUGAGGCCCGGCCCCUCAUCAAGGUCAAGCAGCUGACGCAGAACUCGGCCACCCUCACGGUGCAGCUGCCCAGCCCGUUCACCCGUAUGUACACGCUGGAGCACUUCAACAACAGCCGGGCCUUCACCGUCUCCAAGCUGACCAAGCCCCAGGAGGAGAUCCGCCUCACCAACCUGCUCGCGCUCACCAACUACACCUACUGCGUGGUGUCCAGCAGCUCCGGGCUGCACCACAACCACACCUGCCUCACCAUCGGCCUGCCCAAGCCGCCUGGCCCGCCGGGCCCCGGGCCCAGCCCCUCCACGGCCACCCACUACAUCAUGACCAUCCUGGGCUGCCUCUUCGGCAUGGUGCUGGUUCUCGGCGCCGUCUACUACUGCCUGCGCAAGCGGAGGCGCCAGGAGGAGAAGCACAAGAAGGCGGUGGCGGCGGCGGCGGCUGACAGCCUGAAGAAGACCAUCAUCGAGCUCAAGUACGGGCCGGAGAUGGAGGCGCCCGGCCUGGCAUCGCUGCCCCAGGGCCCGCUGCUGAGCCCCGAGGCCGGCACCCACAUCCCCUACCUGCCGGCCGCCGGCGAGGCCAAGGAGUACCAGCUCGCCGACAGCGGCGACACGCCCAAGGCGGCCAAGGGCAACUACAUGGAGGUGCGGGCAGCCGAGCAGGGCCCCGGCGGCCAGGGCUCAGCGGCCGAGAUCUCCACCAUCGCCAGGGAGGUGGACCGGGUCAACCAGAUCAUCAACAACUGCAUCGACGCGCUCAAGUCCGAGGCGGCCUCCUUCCCGGGCACCAAGGCCGGAGCCACGGCCGAGCCGCCGCUGGUGCUGCUGGCUGAGCCGCUGGCCGCCAAGCACGGCUUCCGGUCGUCCGCCUUCCAGGACUCGCUGGCGCACGGCCUGCAGCGGCACCCCGGCGUGGACACGGCUCCAGUGCCCACACGCAGCCCGCGCGCCCUCCGCGCCGACACGGCCACGGCCGAGGCCAAGUACAUCGAGAAGACCUCUCCGGCGGCGGCCGCCAUCCUCACCGUCACCCCCGCGGCUGCCGUGCUGCGCGCAGAGGCCGAGAAGGCCCGGCAGCUCGGGGAGCACCGGCACUCCUACCCCGGCCCCCACCCCGCCGAGCCGCCCGCGCCCCCGCAGCCGCCCCCGCCGCCCCUCGCCGGCCUAGGUGGCCGCAAGCCGUCCCUGCUGGAGCCGCUGACCCGGCCGCGGCCGCGCGACCUGGCCUACUCGCAGCUGUCCCCGCAGUACCACCACCUGGGCUACUCGUCCAGCCCCGAGUACGGCUGCAAGGCGCCGCAGAGCAUCUGGGGGCGCUUCAGACUGAGCCGCCGGCGGCCCAAGGACGACGAGGAGUUCAUGGCCGCCGGGCACGCGCUGCGCAAGAAGGUCCAGUUCGCCAAGGACGAGGACCUGCACGACAUCCUGGACUACUGGAAGGGCGUGUCGGCGCAGCACAAGUCCUGAGCCGCCGCCGUGCGGCCCUCCCCGCCCGCUGGGCCGAAGCGGACAUGAGGGCCACAGCGGCUCUGGGUGACCCAGACUCGCCCCCAACCGGCGCGUGCACCUGAGGGGAGCCCCAGCCCCCACGGGGACGGUGGGUGGAGGGGGCAGUAACAGGGGCGGCCGCCGGGAAAGAGAGGGCAGCGGGCUGGCUCCUGUCACCAGAUGCCCUGGCUGGCGUGGGCGGCGUGCACACACACACAUGCAUACAAUGUGUGCACACACAAACACGCACACAGUGCACACAUACACAGUGUGUGCACACACAAUGCACAUACACAACACACACUGUGCACACACAA